GAAUAGUCCUCAAAUGCAUGUCCCAGUGUCUACCGCUGACUGUUCUUCCCUCUGUUGCUCACCAACAUUCACUAUCGGCAGUCCCCUCCACAAGCUGUGUCUAUUUAAAAAAGACUUCUUUUUUUUAAACUACUUCUGCUAACACUUCGUUUGGUCUUUGCAUACACUCCCUCACUCACCUAUACAGCAUAAACAUAUCGUGCCUCUUCCAGUCCGCUGGCGCUGGCAUACAGCAAAUGCCUUUUCCUAUCCCUUCUAAUGACCUCAUGGCCACUGCCAUGGGUGGUCCAUUACUCUCAACCACAUCCAGUAAUGUCUCAUCCAACAAUUUAACAUUAGCUUCUGCUGUGGCUACUACUUCUGCCAAAGCUAAAAAAGAUGUCCGGGCAGGCUCUGGCACAGGCACUGUCCGAAUCUUUUAUUCUCUCAAAGAAAAUCCAAAUGCCAUCAUCUCAUACACUGACCUGAUCCGUCAAGAGCAGAAACGUCAACGCAUGAUUCAAGUUCAGUCGUCGUCUUUGCCAUCUAAAAACAAUGUCACACCCAAUAUAGCAAACUCAGCUCCGUCAACGCCCCUCAAAAAUCAAAAGACCAAAGAGGGUGGCGCUACUACUACUCAACCAUCACCAUCAGUAUCAGCCAUGGAUAUCGAUCCACCAGAAGGUGAAGAAGCUCUUGGAGAUGUGGAAGCUGAUAGUGAGGCGGAAGACGACGACGAGGCAGACGAAGACGAAGACGAAAAUGAAAAUGAAGAUGAUGCUGAGGCUGAGGAGGAGGAGGGCGACGAGGAUCCGGAUGAGGAAGAGAAUGAUGACGACGAUCUUGACUCUGCAAGACGUGGGCCAAAAGACUUUUUGGAUUCCCUCACUGAAAAAUAUGCCGGUCUAGAAGAAGGAAAUGAAGGCGAAGACGAAGACGAGGACGAGGACGAGGAUGACAAGGGACGUGUCUACAAGCGAUCAAGUAGAUGGGAUACAGAACACUACGACAUUGAAGACGAAUUUAUCGAUGAUAGCGAGAUGAUGCUCGAAUCCAUCGGUAUGGUACGGCCCAAAGUUGAAGGGUUUUUUGCGUACCGUGGCCCUGUAGAAACCACCACAGAGGAUCCCGAUUCAUCUGAUGCGGGACUACGCACAAGAAAGGCAGGAAAGAGAAAAACAGCAGCUGGUGCUUCACCAUUGAGCACUGUCAAAACCAACGCAUCGAAAUCAGCAAAGGGAUCUAGCUUGGCUAUCAUGGAGAAUGCCAACGAUUCGACAUCAGAGAUGAGUGAAAUGGAUGAGAAGCCUAAAACUAGCAAAGCAUCGUCCUCGGGUUCAGGACUAGCAAAUUCUUCUACCGUCCCAGCUGAUAUUACAGGGGGUGAAGGAGGUAUGAGCAGCGUGACAACGACUCCGACCAAGAAAAAGACAAACCUUUCAAAAUCUAAGGCUUUAGCGAAGGAAACAUCGAAAGAUGGGACGGAAGCAAAUAAAGAUUCUGAUAAGGAGUCAAAAGCUGGAUCUAAUAAGAAAACAAAGUCAAAGUUGCCGAAAGCCACCACCAGUUCGACAUUAGCAGCAACUUCUGUUACUCCUAUUGUUCGAGUGGAUUCGCCUCCGCCUCUUGAUGGGGUCCAAGAUAAUGGAGACAACUCAAGUCCGCCACUUCCGAUGUCUCGCUCAGCAUCUCCAUCUAGAUCGAAAGGGAAAUUAAAGGCACCAGCAGCAAUGGAUACGGAUUCUUGUAAUGCUGAAGGUUCUGUCGAGCUUGCUGGGUCACAAGAAAGCUCUUCUGGACAGAAUGUAUCGGAAUCACAACUAGUAAAGCCGGAAUCUUUGCAGGAAUCGGUCACAUCCACUUCAGAAGUAACUGAGCAAAGCACCCAGUCGACGGGAUCAAAGGCUUUGGAGCCCCUCAAUGAAAUGGUACAGGAGGCAUACAACAUUGUUGCUGACCUUGCUAGGAAAGAAACCUGGGAGCACAAGUCAAAGUUCCCUCCGCACAUCAAGGAGCCUCUCUGGAAUUGCGCAAAAAUCGCUCUUCGAACACGAUCGAGCGGAUAUAUGCUCAAGGAUGAUUUCUUUCUCCAUCUUCAAGAGGUUUUCCCUUAUAAUAAAUUUACGCUCCGGAAACUCAUUUAUAAGCAAGUAUUGCCAGAGUGGAUAGCAGAGCUGGAGGAAGAAAAGACUAAAGCCAUGGAGCAAUUCUCAAAACGCGUAAAGAUGAUUUCUAAGGCUUACAAUUUGACCGACAUUGAAAACGCUCCAUCAGAUAAAGACGGCGAUGGGGAUACCAACAUGAAUGGGGAAGAAGUCAAACGGAAAUUCCCUUGGACUCAAGACCUUAGGAUGCUACUAUGGGAGACUAUGGAAAAAAUCAUGGAGAUUUACUACGCGAGGCAGGAGCUCAGGACUGUCGACGAUAGUGUGCCUGCACAAAACACAGACUCGAAGACUCGGAAGGAUACUUAUCAACUGCUUUUACAAUCAUUUCCUGUUGGCUGGAUGACAUCGUAUGAAAUCUCGCGUCAAUAUAGCCAGCUGAAGGAAAAAGUACAGAAACAAGGAAAGAAACCAGAUGAUUCUGCCAACAACGGAGUACCCAUUGGAAAACCCAAGCCCAUACUUUCAGGGAAUUCAGGACCAAGAUCGUCCAUUCACACCACUGCUGCGCGAAGUGCAAUCCCAUCGUCAUCUACGGGUGCUACUGCUGAUACAACGGUGAGUCCUUCUACUGUGGCGUCGACAGGAUCGAGCUCUGCCCAGAACCUCACAUCACCAACAACGGAGCUAGGAUCUCCCUCAGCACCUGCGCCGGGAUCAUUGGCAGUCUCUGCAGCAACGGUUGGACUUGACGGACCCAUUGAAAACCAUCGUAUGUCUAGCCCAUCCAGAUCACCCUUGAUAACACACCGCCCUAUUCAAGUGCCCGAGGCUGUCAGUCCAGUGCCCCAACAUUCUCGAUCUCAGCAUGGCCCGUUUGCGGGAGGUCCAGCAUCCAGCUCUAGUUCGAACGAUAUUAGCAAAAAAAGAAAGAAUCUUGAUGAAGCCUCGAUCUCAAUGUAUGGAAGUGGAUCAAGUCAUGAUCCUUUGUUCAUUGAUGAAUCAGGAUAUGAUGAGUCUCUUAAUCGUCGUGGUUAUCGACAGAAUAGUGGGAGCCUUACAGACUAUGUACGGCCCUCCUCGUCUAGUCCGUCCAUAAGUUCGAUUGGACAGCCGAUGUAUGCUGUUCCGAAUGAGAGUACUAAAAAGAAGAAGGUUGCAGAUCAAAGACAUGCAGUUUUAUCUAGUUCCAAUCAUCGUGGAUUGAGUACAUCGUACUAUCAAGAGUAUACGGACUAUCCGGAAUAUAAAGAGUAUUCAGAGUAUCAGGACUAUCCUGGAUCUAGAGAGUCAUCUAUAUAUCAGUCGCAGCGCCACCCUGCAUCGCCACCUCAGAAUUACCCAGGACAUGGAUCACUUGGCUAUCCUGGUUCACGGGCUCAACAUUCACAUUAUCAGCAUGAAGUGCCGCCAGAUCCCUAUUAUCAUCGGCAUGUUUCAUCUCCAGGGUCUUCACCAGGAGGAGGAGGAGGAGGAGGAGGAGGAGGAGGUUAUUCUUCAUCGGCACAUCCGACUAGUGCAUCAAGAGCUAUGCAGCAUCAACAGCAACAAGGGUCUUCAUUAGGGAGUCCAUCGAGUGGAUCUGCAUCGAAGGCAAUGUCGAUGAACAACCUCUUGCACCAUCCUUCACAUCAUACGCGCUGAAGAUGGGAUUGAGGAAAAUGACAACAACCCUUUUGCAUUAAACACGAUCAAUAGUUUUUGAUUUAUUUAGGCAUCUUGUAAGAUAUUCUCU